AGCAACUUAUUGCCCAUUUAUUUCCACACCCCCCCACUCUCAGUAAGCCGUUACUACAAAAGGCAAAGGCGCGCCAGGUUUGGUAAUGUAGAGACUAAUAUGAAGUUUUUUCUAUUUUUAGAUGCCUUAUCGUGAAACCAAAAGCGCAGCUGCAAGGCUGCCCAACCAGCUCUGAGCGCAGAAGAGGAAGCUUGCUUUCAUUUUCUUUAAGAGUUACAGUAAGGAAGUGAUUUGGAGUGAAGAGCAAAGAGUUGGAACAUAGAAAUACUCAUUUUCUGAGGUCUGGGGGUGCCACAUGGAGUUUUCUGACCACAUUAAGACGGCCAACGUGGAGGAUGUUGUGCUCCGGCAGCCCCUGCACCCACCGAGCAGAGGCACCCUGUGCAUCACCGGACACCACCUGCUCUUCUCGGACAGAGAGGAGGGCAGCUCCCAGCAGGUCCUGCUGCUGCUCAGGAACAUCGAUGCCAUAGAGAAAAGUGUGGAAAACCUUUUGGGCUAUUCCGGCUUCUUCUCUAAUGCAGUCCUCAGUGACAGGACGUCUGGAUCGUCAGGGACGAUUACCAUCAAAUGCAAAGAUCUGCGGGUGCUUCAGCUUGACAUUCCAGGCAUGGAGCAGUGCCUCAACAUUGCACACUCCAUCGAGACCCUUUCCUGUCUGGACAAUGUGUCGGCGAUGUAUCCCUUCUUUUACAGACCCACUGACCUCAGCCUGCGGGACCAGUGGGGCCUCUCCACCCCUGAAAAACAAUACACUCAAAUAAAGCAGCUGCAUAAGAAAUGGAGACUGAGCAGCGUUAACGAAAGCUACUCCGUAUGUCCUUCCUAUCCUCCCAUGGUCAUUGUUCCAAACUCCAUCGACGAUGAAAUGUUGAAGAAGGUGGCCAAAUUCAGGCAGGCUGGUCGCUUCCCUGUCCUGUGCUACUAUCACAGAAAGAAUGGCAUGGUGAUCAUGCGCAGCAGUCAGCCACUAACAGGCGCCAACAGGAAACGCUGCAAGGAAGAUGAACUUCUCCUUCAGGCUGUGAUUGACGACUCAGAUAAAGGAUUUAUCAUCGACACCCGCUCAAGUCAGCAGGUCCAGCAGGCUCGGAUGACAGGAGGAGGAUUUGAGUCUAAAUCAUUCUAUAGCCAAUGGAAGAGACUUCACAGACAGAUGGAAAGGGGUAAGGCCCUCCAGGAGAGCUUGAUUAAACUGGUGGAGGCCUGCGGGGAUGAGUCCCACAAUGUGGACCGUUGGCUCAGCAAGCUUGAGAAUUCAAAGUGGCUGUCUCACGUCCAGACUGCUCUGUCUACAGCUGGCCUGCUGGCAGAGUGUGUGGAGAGGGAUGGUCAUUCAGCUCUGGUCCACGGCUAUGAAGGGACAGACUGCACUUUGCUCAUCUGCACUCUGGCCCAGCUCAUCAUGGACCCAAGCUGCCGAACGCUGGAGGGUUUCCUGGCUCUCCUGGAUAGGGAGUGGCUACAGGCAGGACACCCGUUCCAGCAGAGGUGUGCCCAUUCGGCCUACUCCCACGCUCGCCUGCAGUAUGAGUCUCCAGUCUUCCUGCUCCUGCUGGACUGUGUUUGGCAGCUUUGGCGCCAGUUCCCUCUAGCGUUGGGUUUCUCUGAGGCGCUGCUCCUUAGACUGGCAAAUGAGGUCUAUGCUUCAGACUACGGCACAUUUCUGUGUAACAAUGACCAGGAAAGGUGUGCCCUGGGAGUGAAGGACCGAACUCACUGUUUGUUCUGGGCCCUGCUGAGGCCAUCAGAGAGAGACUACUACUCAAACCCUCUGUACGAGCCCAAAGAGCUGGCCAUCUGGCCCUCAGUUCACCCUCAGUCUCUACAGCUAUGGAGAGGCUUUUUCCUGAGGUGGACACAGCAGGCGCGCCAUCUUGAGGCAGUUCAAGAAGAAAUAAGAACCAUGGUCAUUGAAUGGGCCAGGGCGACUCAGAGGUGAUGCCUCUACAAAGAUAUUACAAUUUUAUUGUAAUUAAGUUGUUCACAGAGAAAUAUUCAAAUAUUCCUUCUAUGUUUAUAUGUACAGUUUUUUUUUUUACGUAAUAAAAGCUGAAUUUUACAGA